AUGUUGGAACCAAGGUCAUUCCAGCCCGGCAGUCUGUGGUUCUAUGCUCCGAACAAAGGUGCUGCGAUCGCCUUUGCGAUCCUGUUCGCCAUAUCGGGACUCUUCCAUCUCUUUCAAUGCUACAAAUAUAAAUCCUGGAAGGUGACAUCUCUUCUUCCAUGGUCGGCGCUCCUCUUCACGGCAGGCUUUGUCCUGCGCAGCAUCGCAGCAUUCGGGCAAUGGGGGAACCUGAACAUCUUCAUUGCGAGUACUGUGCUUCUACUGGCUGGCCCACCUGUCUACGAAGGAGCCAACUACUUCAUCCUCGGCCGCAUCCUGUACUACAUCCCGUACCACUCGCCCAUUCACCCAGGCCGGGUAUACACGACCUUUAUCGCGCUAGGAGUCGUAAUCGAGGUCCUCACAGCAAACGGCGCCUCGCGCCUAGCCAACAGCGACAACCCCAGCUCCCAGGAAAUAGGGAAAGGACUGCUCAAGGCCGCGCUCAUCCUGCAGAUUGUGCUGAUGGCAGCAUUCGUCGCGCUAGCCGGCAAAUUCCACUCAAAUUGCUCCCGCGCUGGGGUGCUGAACCACAAAGUCAAGCGCGCUCUGAUAGUCUUGUAUUGCAGCUGCACACUCAUCACUAUCCGUACCAUUUACCGGACGGUCGAGUACUUCACCGAGGCUAGUCUGAGUGUCGCCAAUAUUCACAGCCUGAGUCAGAUCAGUCCCAUUCUCAAGCAGGAAUGGUUCUUCUACUUCUUUGAGGCGACGGUUAUGUUUUGCAAUAGCUCUAUGCUCAAUAUCUUCCAUCCCAUGCAAUGUUUGCCCCGGUCGAACAAUAUUUAUCUUGCGACUGAUGGUGUGACUGAGAUCGACGGGCCAGGAUAUGAGGAUAAGCGCCACUGGGUCCUUACGGUCGUUGACCCCUUUGAUAUUGGUGGGAUGUUUUCCAAGCGAGAUACACAGGAUAGAUUCUGGGAGACAGACGCAGCCCAGAAGAACGAUGAGUCUUCCCCUCGUUCACAGGAGGCAUGA